AUGCAGCCCAACAACGCCAUGUCUCAAGACUUUGCGGGUCUCUACCAGCAACAGCAAGCGCAGCAGCUCCAGCUCAACGGUCAGUCUGGCCAAGCAGGCCUCUAUGGCGUGCCUCAGCAGAACGCCAUGUCUGCUCAACCGUUUCAGCUGGCUAUGCCGCCUGCCAGACGACAGCCUGGAUCAGACCAGAACGAGUUCAACCCGAAUGCGAUGCUCAAUGCGCCUGCUGAGCCAAGCAAUGCUAUGAUGGCUCCCGGCAGUGACGCGUUACUCGGCAAUCUGGCCAGUCUGCCCGGACAGCUACAACAGCCCAAUGCUGCCGCUGCUUUCAAGUCACAGUACAACGCGCUCUCUCAAGCUGGUCGGGGUCAAUUCCUACAGUCCUACGCCCAGUCCCAGCCACAGCUUCAGAUGCAGAUGCAACAACAGCAGCAUCUACAACAGCAGCUCGGACAGCAGCAGCUCCCUGCGAGCUCGAAUCCGUACAACUUUGCUCCCCAGCAAGCUGCCAAUAUGACGCCCCAGAUGUCCAGACCGACACAGCAGCAGCAAGCUGCACAGCAGCCGAGGCCGCCGUCAGCACAGCAAAACCAACAGCUCCAGCAGCAAGUGGCGAUGAUGCAGCAACGGCUAGCCUCCCAGGCGCAAGCUCAGAGACCUAUGCAAGCCCAAAUAGCACCACAGCAACAGCAAGCCAGACAGCCUCAGCCUUUCAAUACUGCUCCUCCUUACCCGACCCCAGCGGCAAGCUCUGAACCGUACCAUGCCCAGCAACAACCGUCAAUGCAGCAGAUGCAGCAGCAACAACAACAACAACAACAACUGUACAUACAGCAGCAGCAGCAGCAGCAGCAACAACAGCAGCAGCAAGGCAACAUGCCGACAGGAGCUCAGGCCGGUCCUUCGCAGCAGCGACCGCAGCCGUCUAUAUCACAACAGCAAGCGAGUGGCCUUUCGGAGUAUGUUCAGAACCUCAAUCGUCUCCGGGGCGUCAACGCUCGCAUAGAGGCACUUGAUGAGCUCCUGAAAACCAAUCUGACUCCCGCUACUGCUCCUGGCAACCGUCGGCCGCUGAAUCCACAAGAGCGACAUCAGGUCGAACAACAGAUGAUGCAAACGCGUGCUACUGCCACGAAGCUCAACGGCAUCAUCAUGGCAUUCGUCAACGCUAGCGGUGGCCAGCAGGCGAUUGCUCAGCAGCUUGCUCAUCUCAGCAUGCUGCGCAAGCAAGCCGAUGAGAUAAGGGCAAUGACUGCUGCUGCGAACCCGUCAAAUCAGGCGCAGCAUCCCAUGGCACCUACGCAUAUCGCAUUGGCUCGGACUGGCUCGCCUUCGUUCAUCAGUAGCGCCUCCUCCCAAUCUGGCGCGCCAAGGCAAGCAGAUGCUACGGCUCAAUUGCACAAGCUUCGACAAGACGCUGCUGCAGCUGCUAUGCAAGGCAAUCGGCCUGGGUCGAGUGCAGGUUCACAGCAACAUCGAAUUGGUUCUCCUGCGAUUGGUGCAUCGUCCCAAGGACUGCCUACAGCGUCUCAGCCCGCCUACGGCCAAUCUCAGAUGCCAAUGCAAAAGCAACCUUCGGCCAUGGCUCAGAUGCUACAGACCGGACUUCCCUCGGAGCAGAUAUUCAUCUCGAGCUUGACAGAACUCAUGCGAAAGAACGGCUCGCCACUGACCGGCCCACCCAUUAUCGAAGGCCGGCGUGUGAACCUAUAUGCCGUCUUUUGCGCCGUCUUCAAAGAAGGCGGCUGUGAGCAGGUCGAGCGCAAGAAUGGCUGGCAUAUGGUCGCUGCUGCCGCAGGUCUCUACGAGGGCGUCCAAGAUCAAGCUCUGGCGCAUGCGAUCACUCGGCAGCUCGCGCAAGUCUACGUCAACGUACUGAAGCACUACGAAGAAGGCUGGACGCGAACGCUCAGGUCCCACCAAGAACGUCUUGCCCAAGAACAGCAACAGCAACAGCUGUACAACAGUCAGAAUACUGUCUUGCCCAGCGUCAACCCGCAGCCCGCCUCAAAUGCGAACGCGCAGCCUCAGAUGCCUGGUUAUACAGCACAGCAGUUCCAGAGCAUGGGCAUUGCGCCCGCACAAAUUGAGGCCUACCGCCAACGGGUGAUGGCUGGCCAAGGACAACAGCCCAUGACAGCUCAAAAUCUGGCGAUCGCCUCUGCUAUGAAUGCGCAGAACUCUUCGCAGCAAGGCGGGUCUUACGGCCAGCAGCCUGGGCAGCCACAGCUGCAGCUGCAGCAACAGCAGAUUCAGGCACAGCAACAGCAGCAGCGAACGCAGCCGCAGCCGCAGCAGCAGCAGCUUCAACAGCAGCCGCCCCCGCCCCAGCACGCGGUCCCAGUGGUUCCGCCAGAUCAUCAGCGUAUAGUUGAAGCCAGCAAGGCCGUCCAACAGCUUGCCGCUGCGCGUGAUAAAGUGCGCUAUCAGCAGAUAGAUCCAUCCUCAGAGGAUCGGUUGGCUAUACGAUCAUCAAUUGCUAGCAUGCUCGGAUUGGUCAAUUACGUGCGCGAGCAUCUGGCAAUCUUCCACGCGACUGUUGGCGUAGAGACCGCAACCAAGCGGAUCAUUUCUCUCAUCACGAUGUACAGCGAUCAAUCAGAAGCGCUCAAUGAGGACCGGUACAUCAUGAAGGUCCAUGAUCUAGAAUCGCUGCGCAAUCAACUCACGAGAUGCGCCGUCGGUCUAAGGCCGUAUGUCGAGGCCCUAGCAAAAGCUGCUCCACAAAACCAGCAGCAGCAACAGCAGCAUCCGCCGCCACCUCAGCAACAGCAGCAGUAUCAGUCGCAAAUGUCGUCUCAGCAGUCUGCACCGGCCAGACCGCCUUCUGCUACCAGUCAGCUCGUCAGGCCAAAUCCAAGUGUCUACGAUCAAGUUUCGCGCGAAGCAAUGCUUCAGAACAUCCGGCCAUCACUUCGACAGGAGGACUUGCAACCGCCGCCCAUGGCGAAGCGUCGUACGCUAACAGGCACGUCGAUUGCCGAGUCGCCGCGUGCAAUGCCCUCGCCCCUGACGAUCUCUGCAUCCAGUCCGGCAGAAGCCCGAUCGCCUGCCCCAGCUCGACAGCCUUCCUCGCCGGGCAAGAUGUUGCGUCGGCAGCCAUCUGCCAAGGGCACGCUCGCUACAAAGGCUCUGCCGAAGCCCAAAGGCUCGAAAAAGUUCCCAACGAGCGCAGAGAUCAUGGCCGAAGUCAAGCAAGAGCUAGCCCAACAAGCCACUCGACCUGAUGCGGCAGGCAGCGUGGAGACGGGCAUGGCAGCAGAUGCCGCUGCACAGAUUGCUCGCGUCGCUUCAGGCGUACCUGCAUUCAAUGAGGAUCCCGUGGCGAAGCGAAAGCGAGAGCAAGACGAAGCCGAGAAUGAUCCAAUUGGCUACGCAGAUCGUGCAAUGGCAGACUUUGCACAGCUUGCUGCUCAUCCGACUCAGCUGGCGCCGCUCGACAUAACUUUGCCAGCGUUUGCGAAGGACAGCGAUGCGACUGACAUUGAUUUUCUCGAGAUGCAUCUGCCGCCUGCCGUCCAAGAUCCAAGCAAGCUCGCACUCCGCUUCGACGUGCUGUCAAGUAGCGGCGAGGAGGCCAAGGCUUCGACGAGCCAUCUACCUUCUAUACCCGUGCCCGAGACUGCAAAUCCGCCCGCCGAGGAACUCGACUUUGCGUUCUUCAUCGAUGAUGCGUCAUACGCUGACGAGCCAGUGUCUAGCAAGGACACGCCAGAGCUCAGUGGGGGCAAAGCGACUGAUCUCGAGGAAGAAUCACCUCAGUCUGAUCAGGACGAAAGUGAGAAGCGAAAAGUGGAGAGUCAGCCGUUGGCGAGAAAGGACACCAUCAUCACCGAGUUUGAGCAUUUGGCAAUACCAUCCGAGUCCGAUUUGUGGGAUAUCAAGCUCGAAGACUUACCUGUUACUACCAACAAUCACUUCGUAAAUACGUAUGUGGAAUUUUGA